AUGUCGGCUUCUGCAGGCCUCCGUUCCCUUAGGCUGUCAAGAAGCUUCUCUCACCAGCAGCAGCAGCAGCAGCAGCAGCAGCAGCAAAAUGAGAGAGAUAAGGAUGGCUUCUUAAAGCCUGCAGCAGUGCGCAAGCGGCGCAUCUUGGCGAGACCCCCAGGCAGCAGCAGCAAAGCCUCAGCAGCAGCAGCAGCAGCUGCUGCUGCUGCUGCUGCUGCUGCGGCUUCCGAGGGGUCGGAGACCGAAGAAGAAGACUACAGCAGCAGCAGCAGCAGCAGCAGCAGCAGCCCUGAUAACAGCAGCGAUGAUGAAACAUACGGAGACAGCGCAACAAAAAAACUGUCAGUUGUCUCUCUGCUAAGAAGAAAGAGAAAAGCUGCUGCAGCAACAGGCGGCAAGCUGCAGCAGCAGCAGCAGCAGCAGCAGCAGCACCAUGAGCUUAUAGAGCGGGGUGACCCGCAGCAGCAGCAGCAGCAGCAGCUGCACCAGCUGCUGCUGCUGCCAGCAGAAGAUGAGUUAUCCGUCGAUGUUAUCUUAAAGGCCCCUGAAGCAGCAGCAAGAAGCUUCUCGAGGCAGCUGCAAACAGCAGCAACAGCAGCAGCAGCAGCAACAGCAACAGCAGCAGCAGCAACGGAAGAUGCUGCACUGCAGCAAGCCAUAGGCACCCUAUCUAUGCAUACAGCUCAGUUGCUGCUUCUGCUUGCAAAGGUUGUUGGCUUAAGCAGGGUUUCGAUAUGUUUAGAGAUGAAGACAGCCCUGCCGGCACUCUGCAUGCGUCUCCUAAGCAGCAGCAGCAGCAACAGCAGCAGCAGCAGCAGCAGCGGCAGCAGCAGCGCCCCUUCUCGGCAGCGACUGCGACAGCAGCAGCAGCAGCAGCAGCAGCAGCAAGACAUCAUCAUGCUCACAGAUCUGCUGCUUUCGCAGUCUUCUAAGGGCCUCAAGAGCCGCCGCAAAAACCCUCAGCAGCAGCAGCAGCAACAGCAGCAGCAGCAGCAGCAGCAGCACUCUGUCCGCGUGAGCAGCUGCAACACGCUUCGUUCAUUUUUGCAUUUUGUUGCUGAGGAGGUGUCGCUUCAAUCAGGAGGAGCAGCAGCAGCUGCAGCAGCAGAACAAACAGCACCAGCAGCAAACUGUCUUGCGUUGCUGCUGCAGCUGCUGCAGCUGCUCGCCUGCUCCCCAGCCAGGCGUCUGAGGCUUGCUGCCACUAUUGCAGCUGUCGGCAUUAUGAGCGGCGCAGCAGCAGCAGCAGCAAAUCUGCUGCGGGAGGCUCGGCGCUUCCGCGUGCAGCAGCAGCAGCAGCUGCUGCAGCAGCAGCUACAGCAACGGCGACGGCGCAUGCAGCAGCAGCAUCAGCAGCAGCAGGAAGAAGAAGCAACAGCUAUAGUGGGUGCAGCAGUACAGCUGCGGCUGCAGCAGCUGGAAGCGCAGGAGACGGCGCAGCAGCAGCUGCUGCAGCAGCUAGUGUUGCUGCUGCAGCAAAGAGCUGAUGAUGUCUGCCCUAAUGUGAGGGCCGAAGCUAUCAAGGCUUUGGCGGUUGGAUUACCCUUUGCUGUUCCUUCGCUUGUGCUGCGGGAGGAGACAUUUUUGCUGCUGCUGCCGGCGCUGCAGCAGCAAGAGCAACAGCACGAGCAGCAGCAGCAGCAGCAGCACGAGCCGCUGCAGCAGCAGCGCGAUGAAGCUUUAGCAGCAUUGGGGCUUUUUCACUUAGCUACGCAUGCAGUCUUAGAUGCAGCAAAUCAGAAUACUCUCAAUACUGCAGCAGCAGCAGCAGCAGCAGAUGAGCAGCAGCAAAUAUCAGCAGCAGCAGCUCAAGACUGCUUCAAAUUUGUAGAGGCAGCUUUGCCCUUAGUGGUUCUGAAGACAGCAGCAGCAAACCCUCUUCUUGCUGCUGCAGCGCUGCGUUGUCUGCUGCCGUUUGCAGCAGCAACCGCUGCUGCAGCGCAGCAACAGCAGCAGCAGCAGCAGCAGCAGCAGCAGCAAGCGCUGCCUCUGCUGCAAGACGCAGCAGUGCGGCAGCUGCUUGAUGUCUUUUGGCUGGCGACUGAUGCAGCAGUAAUAGAAGCAGCAGCAGCAGUUGUUGGUUUGCUGCUGCUGCCUCCUGCUGUUGCUGAGCGGUGCUAUGCCCCCAAGAACCGCAGCAGCAGCAGCAACAGCAGCAGCAGCAACAGCAACGACACAACGGAGCUGCAUGCGCUGCUGCACUUCUGCGUGGCAUAUAUGCCUAAGACGGACUUCCUCAGCAGCAGCAGCAGCAGCGGCAGCAGCAGCAACAAGAUCAGCAGCAGCAGCAGCAGCAGCAGCAGCAGCAGCGGCGACAGCAGCGAAUCCUGCUUAGCAUAUUCACUGGCAGCAAAUGUGGUGAUUGGCUUCUGGGAUUUGCUUCCUUCAGUUCGAAGGGUGGAUCUGCUGCUGCUGCUGCUGCAGCAGCAGCAGCAGCAGCAGCAGCAACUCGAUGAAGAUGCCCUCAGCGAGGAGCAGCAAACUCUUCUUCUUGCAUUUUGCUGCGCCGCCAUGAAGAAGUUAAACUGGUGCAGCGGCUUGUGGGGCUGCAGCAACAGCAACAACGACAGCAGCAACAGCAGCAGCAACAGCAGCCACAGCAGCAGCCAUACGGGGACUCAUCAUCAGCAGCAGCAACUCAGCAGCAGCGACACCUGUUUCUGUCCUGCUCAACUGCAGCUGUGCUGCAGCCCCUCAAAGUCUUCAAUAUGCAGUCGUGUUGCUGCAGCUGCGUGGCCCUCGCUGCUGCAGCAGCAGCAGCAACAACAACAGCAGCCACAGCAGCAGCAGCAGCAGCAGCAGAGGCGCCUGGCAACUGAUUUUGUGCAGCGAGUAUUCGAGGCUCUACCUCAACUAUAUGAGCAUAUUACGAAGAAAUGCCAACAGCAGCAGCAGCAGCAACAGCAGCAGCAGCAGCAGCAGCAGCAAGUGCUGCUGUUUACGCUGGUCUUCUGGUGCAGCGCACCUCCGCCUUGUUUUGCUGCUCAUCUUGCUGCAGCAGGUCUCCCUGCUUCUUCGUGGCUGAUGGAGAAGCUGCAGCAGCAGCAAAAGCAUAAGCACAAGCAGCAGCAGCAGCAGCAGAUUCUGCUGCAGCAGCAUGAGGCAGGUGCAGCGAGCAGCUGCAGCUGCGCCCUCCUCUCCUGCAGCAGCAGCAGCUGCCCAGCAGCAACAGCAGAGCUGCUGCUGCUGCUGCGAACAGCAGCAACAAACGAAUCGCUGAGUCUAUCUGCACAGGAGGCGGUGCUGGGGUGUAUAGGAAACUUCUUGCUGCUGCUGCCUGCUGCUGCUGCAGCAGAAGCAGCAAGCCUCGGUGCACGCCUUGCUGCAGAUCUAGCAGCAGCAGCAGCAGCACUGAAAGCGGAGGUGCUCGUACACCCCGACGGCACUGCAGCAGCAGCAGCAGCAGAAGCAGCAGCAGUGGAGCAGCUGCAGGUUAACCCGCUGCUCACUACUGCUGCAGCAGCAGCAAAGGCAGCUGCAGCAAAUGCUGCUGUUGCUGCAGCAGCAGGACGCCUUUUUUCUUUCGCGAGGUUCUGCAGCACCAGCAGCAACAGCAGCAGCAAAACAGCAGCAAACUUAGCGCAUGCAGCUGAAGCAGCAAUGUCUGUGCUGCAUAUGAGGGUUAUGAUUGCUGCUGAGGCGCAGCAGCGUGAGCAGCAGCAGCAGCAGCCACAGCAGCAGCAGCAGCAGCAGGUGCUGCCUUCAAUCCCAUCUUGUGGUGCAGUGAUUGCUGCAAUUCAAUGUCUCCUAGCUAUGUACGAGCAGCAGACGGGGGGCUUGCUGCUGCUGCAGCAGCAAUGUUUAGACACCCUGCAGCAGCUGCAGCAACUCAAGCAGCAGCAGCAGCAGCAGCAGCAGCAGCAGGAAGAGGAGAAUAUGCAUCCUGAGCAGCAGACCGAGGAAGCAACAGCAGACCACAGCAACAAAAGACAACGCCGACAAAGUGCAGCAGCAGCAGUAGCAGCAACAGCAGCAGCAGGUGAGCAGCAGCAACAGCUUUUGGAGCAGCUAAAAUCGCAGUUUACCGCAAUCUCCGAUGCCCUGGGAGAGGCUGAGUUGCUGCGGCAGCGCAUUUCGAUGUUAUGUAUUGCUGUAAUGGAGACAGAUGCCAACCCUCUUUUGCUGCUAGCAAGCCUCAGGUGUCUCUUGCUGCUAGCACGGGCGGAGGCUUCCUUGCAGCCGUUUACUGCAGCAGCAGCAGCUGCUGCUGCUGCUGCUGCGCUGCCGCGCGAGUUGAUGUUGCUGCUGCCGCAUGCAAACCCUUAUCAGUAUUCUGCAGCAGAGCAGCGCGCUCUUGUUGAGGCCUUUGCUGCGAUUACAAACCCCCAGCAGCAGCAGCAGCAGCAGCAGCAGCAGCAGCAGCAGCAGCAGCAGCAGCAGCAGCAAGAAGCAGGGACAUCAGCAGCUGCAGCAGCAGCAGCAGCAGAUUAUCUCGACAGGACGAAAGAGGGUAUCACCAGUUUGCUGUUUGCUGCUGUUGCGGAUGAACGCGUUGCUGCUUUUCUCUCCCAAUGCCUCUCGCAGCAGCAGCAGCAGCAGCAGCAGCAGGAAGGUUUGCUGCAGCAGCAGCUGGCAGUAGAAAUGCGCGAGUACUGCUGCUUAUUAAUAAGGCAGAGCUGCAGCAUCUCGCUGUGGAGUUGCGGGAUUGGUGCUGCGCUGCUGCUGCUGCUGCUGCACCCGCAGCAGCAGCUGCAGCAGCAAGCCCUAGGCUUCUUGCUGCUCCUAAAACGCCAAUCCUUCCCGUUGCUGCUGCAGCUGCUGCUGCAGUCGCUGCGACAGCUGCAUGCACUGAGGCUUCUUGAGCCUUUAGAGGAAGCAGCAGCAGCUGCUGCUGCUGCAGGAGCUGCUGGCUUGCCUGCUGCUGCAGCAGCAACAGCAGAACAAACGAAGCAGCAAGUGCAGCAGGACAUAGCUAAGUUUAUGCAUAUAGCUACAAGCCGAUUAGGAGUUUUGCUGACGCACCAGCAGCAGCAGCAGCUAAUUGCUGCGCUGCGUGAUGCAGCAGCAGCAGCACGAAAAUCCAGAAGGCGUGCGUUGCUGGUGCUUGGCAGCAGCAGCAGCAGCAACUCCUGCAGCUGGUUUGCUGCUGCUGCCCCGCUGCUGCAGCGGCGCUUCCUAUCGCAGCAGCAUUUGCUGCUGCUCGAGAGACACCUGAAGGAAGAUGUAAGGGCCUCCGGCGGGGAGUGGAUUGGCAGCGAAGAGCAGCAGCUGCUGCUUGCUGCUGCUGCUCCUAGAAAUAAGAGCAGCAGCAGCAGCAAUGCUGCUGCUGCUGGAGCUGCUGCUGCUGCUAAUCGAAAGAGCGCAACCAGCAGCAGUAGCAGCAGCACAAGGGAUAAGUCAACAGCAGCAGCAGCACAGCCACACUCUGCGGACGCUGCUGCUGCUGCUGCCGCGCAUGCGCUGCUGCCUUCAGCAGCAGCAACCGGUGCUGCUGCUGCAGCAAGGCGCAGCAGCUUCAAUGGAUUUGCUGCUGCUGCAGCACAUACUUCGGUAAGCAGCAGCAGACAAAGGCAUCAGCACCAACAAGAGCAGCAGCAGCUGCAGCAAGAGGAACGCCAGCAGCAGCAGCAGCAGCAGCAGCAGCAAGAGGAACGCCAGCAGCAGGAACAGCAGCAGCAAGAGGAACGCCAGCAACAGCAGCAGCAGCAAGAGCAACAGCAGCCGCAGACAGAACAGCAUCAGGUAGAGCAGAAGAGACGACGGAACCAGCAGCAGCAGCAACAGCUAGAUGAGCAGCAGCUGCAGCAGCAGCGCGAGGAGCAACAGCAGCAGCAGCAUGAACAACAGCAGCAGCAAGAGCAGCAGCAGCAGCAUGAGCAGCAGCAGCAGCUGCUACAAGAAGAGCAGCAACAACGCGAGCAAGCUGAUGCAGUGCUUGAGUCGAAACGAAGGCAGCAGCAGCAAGAGCAGCAGCAGCAGCAGCAGCAGCACAGCGCUGAUGAGGAGGAGGAGGAGCAGCAGCAGCAGCAGCUGCAAAGCAAGCACAAAAGGCGGCAGCAGCAGAAACAGCAACAACAGAAGAAGAAACAGCAACAGCAACAGCAACAGCAGCAGCAGCACGGCAGCAGCAGUAACAAAACUAAACCAGCUGCAGCAGCAAAAUCUAAAUCUACUGCAGCCAAAGCAGCAGCUCCUCGAUCACACUCCAACAAGCAGCAGCAGCAGCAGCAGCAGCAGCAAGAGAAGCAGCAGCAAGAACAGCAGCAGCAUACAGAUAUUGCAGAUCUGUGGAGCCCUUCCUCUCUUGAGUCGCAGCAAGGAUCUCCUGCUGCUGCUGCUGCGUCGCCACCGUCGCCGCCGCCGCCGCCGCCGCAGCAGCAGCAGCAGCAGAAGCAGCAGAAGCAGCGCAGCAAGGCACCUUCAGCAGCAACAGAAGCAGCUUGGGAGACGGGAUCGAACAGCACAUCUUUUGCUGCCGAUUUGUUCGACUUUUAG